GGAACGCUGAUGCUUUGUAUUCAAGAUGACAAUUAUCAGACUCAGACGGAAUUUAAAGUAAUAGAGGACUUAACGGGGGAAGAUCAUUUGUUGCAUUUGGCGGAGUUACAACACAACAGCUACCAUGGAAAAGCUGGAUCACCAAGGUGGAAAAUUAUUUGGAGAAAAGAAGAAAAAAGAAGAGAAGAGAUUGGAUGAGAUAAAUCAGAAAUUCUUAGAUUGUGGGGACUACGAUGACGAAGAGGAAUUCCCAAACCUGAAGGAAAGACUGAAGUCUUAUAAAAAGCAGUUUAUGGAGUAUGAUACUGACUGCUCUGGCGAAAUUGAUAUCGUAAAACUUAAGCUGGUGAUGGAAAAACUUGGUCAGGCUAAGACUCACCUCGAGUUAAAGAAGAUGAUAGCGGAAAUAGAUACCACAGAUUCUGGUACUAUAUUCUACAACGAAUUUGUCACGAUGAUGCUGGGCAAGAGUAACGCAAUUCUCAAGAUAAUCCUUAUGUUUGAGGAGAUGAAGAAAGAACAGCCAAAGCCCACAGGAUACCCGCCAAAGCGUGAUCUUUCCAGCCUUCCUUGAAGAACACCACAGGAAUCCUGUAGUCUCCAUUGAAGCCACCCGCAUUAGACACGCGGGAGGAUUGGAGGGUUUUCGCGACUGACAAACGCGGAGGGCUGCAAAGGAUACUGCAGGAUUUCUGAGCUUUUCUAUUUUGCUCGAAAUAUUCUGCAUAGAUUCUGCGUAGAUAGUUAUUUGGGCUACAUCUAAAUCUAAGUGUACUACACCCUCAAUUGAAUAUAAAUUGGUUAGGGUAUUUUAAAAAUGGGGAGUGAACUCGGAAUAAAUGCGUGCGAGAAUAGCAUGUGCGUGAAAAUUACUAACACGAAAAACUUCCAUUUUUUACAGAGUAAUAAGGUUAACAAAAGGAUGAGAGAAAUAAUAUAAAGACUGUCUUCCUUCACGAACAUGAACAAUUGUAUUAAAAAAAUGAAACAUGAUAA